GGCCGUGAAUGACGCAACGUGGACAACGGCAACCACUGACGACAAACAAGAAGCAAAGCAGGUCAAGCAUGGCAAGCAGGUCAAGCAUGGCAAGCAACACGACUCCAGUGGUCAAGGAGAGGGAGGAUGACACGCAGCGGGUGUUGGUGAUUGGCGCUGGCAUCUCGGGUCUCACGCUCGGCAUCUGCUUGCAGCGUGCGGGCAUCCGCGUUCACCUCGUCGACAAGGUGAAGCGAAUGAAGGAUGCCGGGUCUGGCAUGAGCGUGAUUGGGCACAGCCUGCCGAUCCUGCGCACGCUGGGCAUCGACCUGCCAAGCACCAUCGGCCUGCCGCAGACCAACGUGUCCUUGCGGCGCUAUGACGGCCGCGGGCUGUUCCAGGUGCCGCUUGCAUCCGACAGCGACCUUGUACGGGAGUUUGGCUCCGUCCAGUGCAACGUGCACCGCGGCGAACUGCAGCAGGCACUCAUGGACGUGUUUGUGCGCGAGGGCGGGCGCCUCACCACGGGCAAGCGCUUCACCGGCCUGGCACACGCCGACACGGGCCACCCGGUCGCAGUGUUUGAGGACGGCACACGCAUGCAGGCGUCGCUGAUUGUGGGCGCGGACGGCGCACGGUCGCGCGUGCGCUCCUGCCUCUUUGGCGAUGGCUGCUUGAGGUACAGCGGGGCGUCGUGCUGGCGGGGGUUCCUUGACAAGUGCCCACCAGCCGUGCUGCAGCUGGCAUGUGCCCGUGCACACUGCAUGUACAAGACGGUUGUUCAUCCCACGGGUCAGAACGUCUCCUUCACCUGUGGCUGGACCACAAACGACCGGUGUUUCUGGGUUCUCGACGUGCAGCACCCCAAGGACAUCCCGGUUGAUGAUGUUGUGCCGUUUCUGUUAGAGCAGACGCGCGGGUUCCAUGAAGAGAUACAGACUAUCAUCAAGGCAACCCGGCCUGAGGACAUUAUCCAGACCGAUGUGUAUGACUGCCGCAGCGUACCGCAGUACACCCACAACGUGGUGCUGGUGGGCGACGCAGGGCAUGCUGUGGUGCACCACUUUGGCCAGGGCGCGUGCCUGGCCAUUGAGGACGCAGUUGCCCUCGCCCUGGCGCUGGACUCGGCCAUACCACCACCACUGCGACAGGAGGAGGAGGGGGAGGAGGAAACGAGGGAGCGAAAGCAGCAGCAGAAGGAGCACCACCAACAGCAUCAACAACAUCAACAGCAACAACAACAGCAACAGCAGCGACGACGGCAGGUGGAGCGCGCUGUGACGCCUGAAGCGGCCCGGCUGGCGCUGGCGUCGUUUGCCACGUGGCCCAGGUGGCUGCGAACACGGGCACUGGUGCUCAUUUCCCGGUGGUGUGGCAUGGUCUACAUGAACAACACGCCUGUGCUGAACGCCGUGCUCACAGCGUGCCUGGCGUGGCCCGUGAACCUGAUAUUUAUUGGUAUCAUGAAGGCGCUCCUCUUCAUCAGUGACCGCAGUUUGCGCCACGCCUCGCGCCGCUUCGCUAGCAGCAGCAAGCCCGCACGCGUGGACUAA